AGAUUCUAUACAUACAUGAUUGUUUUAAGAGAGGAAGAUGAGCAGACGGGUAGGAGAUCAGCAUAUAUUAAAUGGAGAUACAUGUAUCAAGGAUGCCUCAGAAAUAAGAAGGGUUGCGCCAGUCCAGUUAAGCGGACAGUCAGCUGCUUGGUGACUCCGUCCUCUCUCUCUCUCUGGGGAUCGAAAUAUAGACGAGGCUCCGGCUCUCCCUUCCUGUCGCUCGCUGCCUUCUCCCACCAGCAAGGUUUGCUGCUGGAGUCGGAUCGGAGGGGGAUGGCAUCGGGGACCGGGAGCUGGAUUCUGAUGGCGACCGGAAGAACUCCCACCAACAUCGCGGUGAUCAAGUACUGGGGGAAGCGCGACGAGGCCCUCAUCCUCCCCGUCAACGACAGCAUCAGCGUCACCCUCGAUCCUGACCAUCUCUCCGCCACCACCACCGUCGCCGUUAGCCCUACCUUCGACAGAGAUCGGAUGUGGCUCAAUGGCAAGGAGAUUCCACUCUCCGGAGAUAGAUUCCAGAGCUGUUUGAGGGAAAUCAGGAAACUUGCCGAUGAUGUCGAGGAUGAGAAGAAGGGUAUCCGUAUACGGAAGGAUGAUUGGCAGAAAUUGCAUGUCCACAUUGCUUCCUAUAACAAUUUCCCCACAGCUGCAGGAUUGGCGUCUUCGGCUGCUGGCCUUGCUUGUUUUGUUUUCAUUCUAGCAAAGCUAAUGAAUGUGAAGGAAGAUUGUGGAAAGCUUUCAUCCAUUGCGAGGCAAGGGUCAGGCAGUGCAUGUCGCAGUAUGUAUGGUGGUUUUGUCAAAUGGACCAUGGGUAAGGAUGCCUGUGGAAGUGACAGCAUUGCAGUUCAGCUUGCUUCAGAAUCACAUUGGAAUGACCUUGUUAUUAUCAUAGCAGUGGUGAGUUCAAAGCAGAAGGAAACUAGUAGCACCACUGGCAUGCGUGACAGUGUUGAGACAAGUCCGCUCUUACAACAUAGAGCCCAGACUGUCGUACCAGGUCGUAUUUUGCAGAUGGAAGAAGCUAUCAGAAAUCGUGAUUUUGCAUCUUUUGCUAGGUUGACUUGUGCAGACAGUAAUCAGUUUCAUGCUGUUUGCUUGGAUACUAGCCCCCCUAUAUUCUACAUGAAUGAUACAUCACACAGGAUAAUCAGUCUUGUUGAAAGAUGGAACAGGUCUGAAGGAACACCACAGGCAGCCUACACUUUCGACGCGGGGCCCAACGCCGUCUUGAUUGCACCAAACAGAAAAUCCGCUGGUCUUCUGCUUCAGCGCCUGCUAUUCUGCUUCCCGCCACCAGCAGACAAUGAAUUGACUAGUUAUGUAAUAGGAGACAAAUCAAUUCUGCAUGAAGCUGGUCUACAGUCCAUGAAAGAUUUUGAAGCCCUGCCACCACCACCUGAGAGCAAGGACAAGUAUCCAUCUCAAAAGUUCCCCGGCAAGGUCAGCUAUUUCAUCUGCACCAGGCUUGGGAGUGGACCAAGGGUGCUUACUGACGAAAGUCUAGCUCUGCUAAGUCCCACUACUGGACUCCCAAAGUGAGUUUGCUUACAAGAGAACAUGAUGGUCAUUGGAACUACUUUGUGAGAGAUGCUCCCUCUAUAAUUCUUGGGUUUUGCCGGAAUAUCUUAGUAUGAUCCUUUUUGGAUCGUUCCUCUCUCUUUCUCUCUUUUUGCUUUGGGAAGAAUCGAUGCUUUUAUUUUAUGUGAGGAUUGACGAACUUCUUGCACUAGCUAUUUCUCUGCAUAUGGUGAGGUCAAGAUAUAAACAAGUUGCUCAGGUUUUGCUUUCGAUUCUUGCGAAGAUUGCUAUAUAUUGUUGUUGAGAAUGUUUGUGACGGCAAACGUAAUCCAACUUGAAUCGUAUUUUCAUUGGGAAGAAAUAUAGAAGCCGUUGGUAUAUGAUAUAUUAUGCUAUCUACUCGUGGCGGGGCCUGCGCGAUCGAGAGGUGGUUGCGGACAGGGAACAGGGAAUUAGAUAUGAGUGUAGCCCUCUGCCGGUCCGUGGUGUUCCGGUGAGCCCGAUGGGAAAAGGCUCCCUGUCAUGAGACAGACACGUGAUCCUCGACCUUGUGGGUCCCACCGACGAAACGACCACCCUUCGUUCACGUGAUUCCCAGGUGCGUUGUCUUCCUCCUUCGAAUCAUCCCCAUCCUCUUCUUAAAUAAAAAAAAAUCCAGAUUCUUAUUUUGUGAACGAGAGAGCAAAACAGUCUCCGUCAAACAUAUCCCUCCUCCUCCUGCUUUGUUGCCUUCACCAUCUCCCGUACCUCAGACCGUUUCGCUUCGCCUCCAUCUCCGUCCUCCGAAAGAGCCACGUAAAACCCCUUUCCCUCAACCUCCCCUCCACCCAAUGCUUUCCCUUAUUGAUUAAUCCCGAAUCAGACUCAUUUCUCACAGCAGGAGGCCUGAAAGGCUUCUCUAUGGCGAGCAUUUGGUUUCCUAGUGCGGCGGCGAAGACUCGCGGCCAUCCACAUAAUGGCGUCAUCUGGCAGCGACGGAAUGCGGUGACGCACGGACGGUGCAGUUGCAACCGGAAAUUCUCGCCGAAAGGCGCAUCAUUUGGUCCCCCAACAUGCCUUAAUUCAGUGGUCCGUGCAACCUCCCCGAUCUCACUCCGACAAUCGCGGCCGAUGGCGGUGGCGAGUGGCAAAGCUCAAGUACUCGAGGGGAGGGAAUUCCCCUACAUGUUCAGGUCCGAAAAGGGGGACCUUGUGAAGGUGGUGGUGGUGGGAGCCGUAGGUGUGAACUUUUCUGUGCACAUUGAGGUUUUGUCUGUCUCCCAGGACGAGUUGGUGCUGAUCUAUGAAAUGUCGAGAUCUGAUCCUCCGGGAUCACUAGUUGCAGACAUCGAAAAGGGGAUUGGUGCCGUCAUAAUGCCCUUCGUUCGCAAUUCUUCUGGAAGGUAUACGUUGGAUCUGGAUUUUGAUUCAGCAAAGGCUCCCUUUUAUCUAUCAUUUAUGCUGCAUUUGUGUUCUGAUGCUGGUGUUGUUGCCUCGGAGAUUAAAACGCACAGAAAGACAAGAUUUUGUGUGCCUGUGGGUUUAGGCCCAGGAUAUCCUGCGCCCUUGGGUGCUUCUGUUUCCGAUGAUGGAAUGGUCAAUUUCUCUUUGUUUUCGAGGAAAGCUGAGAACGUUGUACUCUGCCUGUAUGAAGGGAAAACAGAGGUUCCGUCUUUAGAGAUCGAACUGGAUCCUUAUGUCAAUCGUACAGGAGAUAUCUGGCACGUCUCGAUGGAGAGCAUCGAGGACUAUGUGAGCUACGGUUAUCGUUGCAAAGGACCAGUAGAGAAAAGAGGUGGAUUUGAUAUGCAGCAUGUGCUGUUGGAUCCGUAUGCCAAAAUGGUUCGAAAUCUUCUUUCUGUUCAGGGUGAUACAAUGAAUCCAACCAAGUGUCUUGGUUCUCUGGAAAUGGAACCUAUAUUUGACUGGAGUGGUGAUGUUCAUCCGCAGUUGCCAACAGAGAAGCUGGUGGUUUACAGAUUAAAUGUUGGGCAGUUUACAAUUGAUAACUCGAGUGGGCUCCCAGAAGAUGUUGCUGGGACUUUCGGUGGUGUGAGUGAGAAAGUAGAGCAUUUUAAAGAACUUGGUGUCAAUGCAAUCCUGCUAGAGCCAAUAUUUCCCUUUGAUGUUAACAAAGGCCGUUACUUCCCCUAUCAUUUCUUCUCGGUAAUGGAUGAAUAUGGACAAGAACAUAAUGCUGCUUCAGCAAUCAAUUCUAUGAAGGAGAUGAUCAAGACGCUACAUUCCGAAGGUAUAGAGGUCUUGAUGGAGGUUGUUUUUACUCAUAGUGCUGAAGGUGGAGAUGCGGACUCCCAUGUGAUAUCAUUCCGAGGUAUUGAUAGUUCUUCCUAUUACAUUGUUGACAAGAAUGUUGGAUCAGGAACCAAUAGUCUACUGAAAUGCAAUAACCCCAUUGUCCAGCAAUUAAUAAUAGACAGCCUCCGGCAUUGGGUGGUCGAGUUCCAUGUAGAUGGCUUUUGCUUUAUUAAUUCUUCUUCAAUGGCUAGAGGACAGAAUGGGGAUCAUUUAUCUCGCCCACCUUUGGUGGAAGCUAUAGCAUUUGAUCCAGUACUUUCUAGGACAAAGAUUGUCGCAGACUGCUGGUCCCCGCUUGACAUGUCAUACAUGGAAAUCCAAUUUCCUCAUUGGAAAGCAUGGGCAGAGAUGAACAUGAGAUUUUGCAGUGAUGUAAGGAACUUUUUGAGAGGUGAAGGGCUCCUAAGCGAUCUUGCUACUAGACUUUGUGGCAGUGGUGAUCUAUUUUCUUCCAGGGGCCCAGCAUUUUCUUUUAAUUUUGUGACAAAGAACUUUGGACUUCCUCUUGUUGAUUUGGUCAGCUUCAGUACUGCUGAGCUUGCUUCGGAAUUAAGCUGGAACUGUGGCGACGAAGGUCCAACAAACAAUAAUACUGUCCUUGAGACACGUCUUAAGCAGAUACGGAAUUUCUUGUUUGUCUUGUUUGUGUCACUCGGUGUUCCUGUUCUAAAUAUGGGGGAUGAGUGUGGCUACUCCACUGGUGGUUCUCCAUUGUAUGAUGACAGGAAGCCUAUCAAUUGGGAUAGCCUAGGAACAGGCUUCAGUAAGCAAAUUACAAAAUUUAUUGCAUAUCUAGGUUCACUUAGAAUCCGAAGAGGUGAUAUUUUUCAGAGCAAGCACUUUCUUAAAGUAGAAAACAUUGUUUGGUUUGGAAGUAAUCAAUCUGAGCCAAAGUGGGAUGACCCAACAUGCAAGUUUUUGGCUUUGGCUCUGAAGUCAGAAAAGAACUUUGACAUGUCAAAUUCAAACUGCGGUGACUUGUUUAUAUGCUUUAACGCCAGCAAUAAUUUAGAGACUGUUGUUUUGCCCGAACAGCCAGAGGGAAAUGUUUGGCUUCGUUUGGUCGAUACCUCCCUUGCAUUUCCAGGAAUCUUUUCAAAUAGUUGUGAUCCAAAUGUUCAGAAGGCUGAAGGAUCAUCUUCUUAUGAACUGAAGCCUCAUAGUUGUGCCUUAUUUGAAGCCACUGUGGAUUGAACUUUGUGCCUUAUUGUCUUAUAUAACGGCAGGAGUUUCUUGCUGUAUCUAUUGUCUCCUGUUAUCAAUAAAAUGAAGUAUCCUUUCUGUUA